GUCUAAUUGAAUCAGUCUUCACUGAACAGCAUUCAGCGCCAAAUACAAAAGUCAAACACUUCAUCUGAUUUCGGGCUAUUGUGGUGUAACUGAUGGGAUCGCUGCAGCUUCACUGAUGUGUCAUAUUUUGUAACACCUCCAUGGAGCUCAUCCAGGUCACCCAGGUUUCCUUACUGCCUCCAGAAGCUCCUACAGCUACCUGGAGCAACAACUUCAUCCUGCCUCACUCCCAUUCUGUGUUCUUUUCUACUCACUCUGAACCACUUCUCAGCUUCAGCCCUACCGAGGGUUCAUUCCUGUACAACAGCAGCUGUCAUAAUUGCACUAAAAGUACCCCUGGACCCCUCCCUGGUUUGGCAGGAAUCUUCAUACCUCUUAUUUAUGGAAUAGUGUGCAUAGUCGGCUUGGUUGGCAACACUCUGGUAAUCCAUGUCAUUGUAAAUUACACUAAGAAUGAGUCAGUCACAAACAUCUACAUCCUCAAUCUAGCCAUUGCAGAUGAGCUUUUUAUGCUGGGCCUGCCCUUCUUGGCAGUACAGAAUGCUCUCCUCUCUUGGCCUUUUGGAUCGCUAAUGUGUCGUGUGGUCAUGACAGUGGAUGCUUUCAACCAGUUUACCAGCAUCUUUUGUCUGACUGUGAUGUCAGUGGAUCGAUACCUGGCUGUGGUCCACCCCAUUCGGUCCUCCUGGUGGCGACGACCCCAUGUGGCAAAGGCUGUCAGUGCCACAGUUUGGGCAGGGUCCUUUCUGGUGGUGCUGCCAGUGGUGGUGUUUGCAGAUGUGUUGAAGGAUGACGGGAAUUGCAGCAUUGUGUGGCCUGAACCAGAGGAAGUGUGGAAAACUUCUUUUAUAGUGUACACUUGCACUGUUGGCUUCUUCUGCCCCUUGUUGGUCAUCUCUUUGUGCUACCUGCUGAUCAUCAUCAAGGUAAGGAGUGUUGGAAAACGGACACAGGUCACAUCUUCAAGACGGAGAAAGUCAGAGAGAAAAAUAACCAGGAUGGUGGUGGUUGUUGUUGCAGUGUUUGUCCUCUGCUGGUUACCAUUUUAUGCCCUCAAUGUCCUAAACCUCCUUGUAGUCCUGCCUGGAGACUUCAGGGGGCUGUACUAUUUUGUGGUUGUGCUCUCAUAUGCAAACAGCUGCGCCAAUCCCAUUUUGUAUGGAUUUUUAUCUGACAACUUCAAGAGAGGCUUCAGGAAGGCUCUGUGCCGCACUUCACGCAGGGUGAAGAACAACGACAGGGCCGGCACUGAGGUACGCCCAACAGAGGAGUGGGGCGGUAUUGUUCUCCAACCACAAAACAGCGAGGGAAUCACCAACAUGCACGUGAAAGACUGUGGCAAAAAUGAUGCGGGGGACGAAAUCACUGGAGCAGAUGGGGAGAUACCAAUGAGGCAAAUAUGCAGACUGUCACAAAAAGGAAACCACAGUGGAGUAAAAGAGGGUUCAAGGACACAGCCUGUACAGAAGGGUAAUCGCGAUGGGAGUUCAGGCUUGGAUUCUGCUGAAGGAAUUUCCUCAAAGGUCAAUGAACGUAGAAAUAGAAAUUCAAAACCUGAAGGAUUCUUGGACAAAAACUCUGCGCUGGAUGUCAGCCAUCUGUAACGGAUAUGGAUAUGUUUUCAGUGUUUAUGUUUUCAGUGGAGUUUGAAAUGUAAGAGUUCUGAAAUAUGACCAUUACAAAUGUAAAUUUUUCUAAAUGUCUGUAGAAGCAAUUAGCAUUUGGUGGUCGUUUGCCAUAACUUAAAUAGUUUAUUACUCCGUGUUCAGAGUGAGGUUGAUCAAACACAUUUCUAAAAUUGUUAGAAUAGCACUGCCUUUAGUUAAAAGUGCAAAGUUAAUGUGGUCUCAAUUUCUUACUUUAAAUCUUGGCUACAAUUGUACUUUGAAAGCUGUGGCACCUUCUGACAGAAUAUUAGAUUUUACAUACAGUGGGUCAUCAAAGACUGAUGGAACCACACACAUUUAGGCCCAAUCUAAAUUUCUCCACAUGGCCUUACCUCCCUGUUUCGGCCCAUUUUAGUUUAAAUGUCAAGUGGUAGGGACCCUCCAGUCAUCCAUAUAAUCCCAAAAGCUCCAAAUGUAAUGAAGGGCUAAAUGACCACCACUUCUUAGGUCAAGGGAUACAGCAAAAAGUGAGGAACUGUGAUUGUAUUAUUAAAGACCAUCGUUUGGUUUUGCUUUCAUUAUGAAAGCUUUUAUAACAGGAACAUUUUGUACUGAAAUGGCUAAUGCAUUUUAUGAAUCAUGUCAUAGUGGGAGCUAAAACAACUAAUGAUACACUGUGAAAUGGAAAAUGUCAGGGGUUGCAGAACUGCUUUAGCGUCUAUGAACUUCCUACAAAGGUAAUAAGCAGUUUCCAUAUAUAAACUUUGAGCUUUUGUGCAGCAGCCUCAAAUAC